CCUCGAGCAAAAGAUUUAUAGAAAUCGUUGAAGGGUUGGAACUCAAACAUGGCGGGGAAGAGGAAAUCCAGCGAGAUUGAUAAUGGCGAGAGGGUGACGACAUUGACCUCACCAAAAACAGAGACUAAGCAAAGCAACUAUUGUUUGAUGUCGAAGUUUACAUGGAAGAUCGAACACUUCUCGCGUUUGGAUGCUGAAAAGCCUUACUCAAGGACGUAUGAUGUUAAUGAGUACAAAUGGAGGUUGCUACUUUAUUCAAAAGGAAACGAUGGAGGUCAUUUGUCUCUGUACCUUGGUGUGGCUGACCCGUCUACUUUACCGAUUGAUUGGCGCAUACCUACAAAGUUCAGUCUUGCUCUUGUCAACCAGAUAGAUCCCAAGAAAACCAUCAAGAAAGAGACAAAACACACUUUCAAUGUUCACGAGAGUGAUUGGGGCUUCAAUUUGUUCGUCCCACUUCGUGAGUUUCAUGAUAAAGUCGGAGGCUUUCUUGUUAAUGAUAUGUGCUUGAUUGAAGCUGAGGUCUAUGUGCCUGAUCCUUCUCCAUGUGUGGCUAAUACUUCCCCUGCUCCCCCAGAUCAGGUUAUGGAUUCUUCUGUUGGUCUCGAUCCAGUAGAAUCUGUGUAUGCCAGGGUUCAGUCCGUUCUCAAAUCACUACCCAAGAAACCAUCAUCCAGCUUAGUAGUAUCUGAUGCUAUAUGUUCCCCUGAACUUCCUUCAAGUAAAGACCGUGCAGCUUCUGCAAAAGAAAUCUUUGACAAAUUGAUAUCAUACCCUUUAGACGAUUUGGCUGAUCCCAAGCAUGAGACUGCAAUGUCAGAGGCCCUCUCCAUACUGAACAACAAUCUUUCAUUGUUCAGCAAUGGAGAGGCCAAAGAAAUCACGGCUCUGAAAGCCACAUUUCCUCAGAUGAUGCUGGAAUGGAGAGAGUCUGUUAAAGUGAAGGGUGGGAGUGAUCAUCUCUGGACUGCUUUUGAGAAGACGAAAAGUUUGCUGGAGGAUCUUCUGAAGACUGAGGAUGGGAUAAGAGCUAAAUUGGAGGACCUGAGUAAGAAAGAAAUGGACUUGAAAGCUCAGAUGGAGGCUAUUGAAUGCGACCGGCGACACCUAAGGGAGGAAAGAGGGGAAGUGUCAAAGCUGACUAGGAAGGUGUGUUCUCUCGCCGAGGAGCAGGGCAGGAAAAUUGAAGGAAAAGAGACCGAGGUGGAGACCGCGAAGAAAAAAAUGGAGGAUUUGAAGUCACAGUGGGAUGCAACUAAACGUUGUCUCUCUUUGAGAAAGAAUGUGGGAUCUGCCCAGUAGUAGUAGUGGCUAGGUAACAUGAUGUGUGUGGUUUUGGACCAUGUUUUGUUGUUAGAACUUAGAAGGGUAUUUUUAAAGGUCAUUGUGUGUCUUUUG